AUGGAUGUUGUGGCACUUCAGGAGACCCGGUGGCCCCUGGCAGGGAGAAUCAACACCAAAGAUUAUUUCAUUUAUUAUAGUGGCUGUGAAGAUGACAGAUACCACGGUGGUGUGGGUGUUGCUGUAAACAAGAGAAUUUCGGAGGCUGUGAUACAUUAUGAAGCAAUUAAUAAUAGAUUGUGCAAUAUUAGGUUAAGGGGAAAAUUUAGUAACAUAUCUCUAGUCAGCUUUUACGCGCCAACUGAAGAAGCAGAAGAGGAAAAAAAAGAUAACUUCUAUGGUCUUCUGGACGAACUGGUGGGUAGGUUACCAAGUUUUGAUAUGAAGAUUAUUUUAGGGGACGCAAAUGCCAAAGUAGGAAGAGAAGAAGUCUGGAGACCUGCUAUUGGAAAAGAGAGCCUGCACCAAGAAUCAAACGACAAUGGAACCAGACUGGCAAGUUUUGCAAUUGCAAAUGAAUAUAAAAUAGUUAGCACGAUGUUCCCAAGAAAAGAUAUACACAAAUAUACAUGGACAUCACCUGGUGGAACAACAAAAAACCAAAUUGACCACGUGAUCACAGACCAAAGGCACAAAAGUAGUAUAACUGAUGUUCGAAGCAUCAGGGGAGCGGAAUGUGGAAACUGA